UAUUUAUUUUGGAAAUGGAUUAAUAAUAUCGUGUGAAAUUAAUUUAUGUAAAAUAUUAAAAUUUGAAACUCUUAGAAAAAUGUAUCAGUUUUUUUUUAGAUUUUAUUCAACUAUAUUAAAGUGAAAUAAAAAUCAAAAAUCAAAAUAUAAAUCAUUACAUUUUUCUUAAUUUUGAUUUAUUUAAUAAUUUUAUGUACACUAAAAAUCCGUUAGUGGUUCUUUCAACUCAAACUAACAAAUUUUAAUAAAAUUUACAAUAUAAUUUAAGAAACAUAUUUAUUAUUUUUAAAUAUUUUAUAAAAUUAAAAUAUAUUAAUGUAUUAAAUAGUUUUAUUUUAGACUCACCCGCCCACAUGGCGGAUCAACUCUUAGUUUUAAAUAAAACUUUAGACGAUAAGAAAUCAAAAACUUGUAUUUAUAAAAUUUGUUUAAACCAGAUAGGCAAAACAAUUCAACGCGUCCAUAUUUUCAAUACGUGUGAAAUGGAUAUCUCAAUGAAAAAGUAGUUGUCAGCCAGCCCCAUAAUUCAGACAGAAUAGUUGUGAAUAAUAUACAACUGACUAAUCUUAUAAUAAUCACACAAUUCUCUAAGCACGAUAUACUCUCAUCAAUUAAUUAAAGGAUCUCGUUUUGCACAUAUGAAUAUAAUAUUUUACUUAUAAUGGCUUCUUCUCUCUUGAAAUAAACAUAUCUUGAAGCCUCUUCUCUCUUGAUAUACUUAGAACGGCUGCAGGGAUGAUUUUUUGCAUAUCUUUUCUAGCCUUGUUUUUUUCAUCCUACACCAUAACUCCAACUUCAUCAACCUCUGGCUCUCUACAAGAUGACUUCAUCAAUUGUCUCCACAAAAACACAAACGUAGAUUUCUCACUCGAGCAAACGUUCUUUACCCCUGGCAAAAACGUCUCUGUGUUUAACGAAGUUCUUGAAUCUACGGCUCAGAAUCUUCGGUUCUUGGCAAGAUCAAUGCCUAAACCGGUUUUCAUAUUCAACCCGACUGACGAGUCUCACGUCCAAGCAUCCAUCAUAUGUUCCAAGAAACUCGGUGUUCAUAUCCGUGUCAGAAGUGGUGGUCACGACUACGAGGGUCUGUCUUAUGUCUCAGAAAUAGAAAAGCCGUUUAUAGUGAUGGAUCUGUCAAAGCUGAGAAAGAUCAACGUUAAUAUAAGAGACAACAGUGCUUGGGUUCAAGCUGGUGCUACUGUUGGGGAACUUUACUACAGGAUUGCAGAGAAGAGCAAAGUCCAUGGGUUUCCGGCGGGUUUGUGUACGAGCUUAGGCAUAGGAGGGCACAUAACAGGAGGUGCAUACGGUUCUAUGAUGAGAAAAUACGGUCUCGGUGGAGAUAACGUGAUAGACGCAAGUAUUGUUGAUGCCAAGGGUAAAUUACUCAACAGAAGCUCGAUGGGUGAGGAUAUGUUUUGGGCCAUUAGAGGAGGUGGAGGAGCCAGUUUUGGGACAAUUCUAGCAUGGAAGAUCAAGCUUGUUCCUGUUCCCAAAACUGUAACCGUGUUCACCGUUACCAAAACGUUGGAACAAGACGUGGGUAACAAGAUUCUUUCAAAGUGGCAAGUGGUCGCUGACAAGCUUGUUGAAGAGCUAUUCAUCCGAGUGAUCUUCAACGUAGCUGAAAACAACGGAAGUAAGACCGUGACCAUGUCAUACAAUGCCUUGUUUCUCGGAAACAAAGGCAUGUUGAUGAAAGUUAUGAACAAGAGUUUCCCGGAGCUAGGUCUCACAUCGAGUGAUUGUGUCCAAAUGAGCUGGAUUGAAUCCACUGUUUACAUUUCUGGAUUCCCGAGCGAAACGCCUACUAGCAUUUUGCUUCAAGGGAAGUCGCCUAACCCAAAGAUCAACUUUAAAGCCAAAUCUGAUUUCGUGAAGAACCCGAUUCCCGAAUCAGGGCUGAUCGGGAUGUUCAGCAAGUUGCUCAAAGAAGACACUCCAUCAAUGAUAUGGAGUCCUUACGGAGGAAGGAUGUCUGAAGUCCACGAGUCUGAAAUCCCUUUUCCACAUAGAAAAGGUGUCAUCUUCAAGAUCUUGUACGUAACCAUUUGGCCAAACAGCGACAAGAGACCGAGCAGGCACAUCAACUGGAUAAGAGAUAUGUACAGUUACAUGAUGCCUUAUGUCUCAAGCAAUCCAAGACAAUCAUAUGUCAACUACAGAGAUCUAGACCUGGGACAGAACAUGAAAAACACGAAAUCGAACUUCAAAAAUGCUCAAGUCUGGGGAACUAACUACUUCAAAGGCAAUUUUGACAGAUUGGUGAGGAUCAAAUCAAGGGUUGAUCCAGAGAACUUCUUUAGGCACGAGCAGAGCAUCCCACUUCUUCCUGUUCAAGGCUAACCAGACUCAGCUCAGGAUAUCAUCACACUAUAUCAAAUAAGAAUAUAACUAUAUUGCACCUAGCUAAGAACAUGCAAUGAAAUUAGAAGAAAUCUACAAUCGUUCUUUUGUAUUUCAGAAAAUGUUUUGGCUAUAAUAAUAUAAAAGUAUGGAGGCGAUACUUUGUGUCACUCAAAUUCGAAUAAUUGCAUCUUAUGAAUCACAAGGGCUUCCAAUGGAGAUAUUAAUUUAGGACUGAAGAGAAGAUUUCAAGAUUUCACUAUAUACUAUAUUCUGCGAGAGCAAAAUUGAACUGCUAACCGCUUAGCAAGAAAUGCUCAAGCUUUUCAUAGGAAUUUAUGUUUUGUUGACUGUUUUAUUUCGGUUUAGUUACCUAAACCACCUCAAACUUGAGUAAUAUAAUGAUUUUCAGAUGACAAACAAAAAACUUUCAAAAGCUCAGACGAAAGCUGAAUGAGUAUAAUGUUUAUAUUUGAAAAUAUAUAAAAAUGAUUUUAUAAAAUAAUUUUAAAUAAAUUUUGCAUAUCUGACAGCUAGCAUCAUUUUGUGUCUGUUUGUGCCUCCGCCAUUGUGCAUCAGUGUUCCGAAGGAUCUGGACCUAAACCUAGAAAAGUCGCAUGAGAAUCAUCAAGAUCUGUAUCGUCUCGUCCUUAAAACACUUGACUACUGUAUCUUCUAAAUCGCCAUCGUUGAGUAGAUGUUCUUCAUCUUAGUUACCGAGCAAGUUAAAACCGCAACUAACCUCAAACGAUAUAAUAACAGAGCCACAAGGCCCACAACUAAUCUCAAACGAUAGAAUGCUGACAGAGCCUUUGUCGAAAUAUUUUAGAAUAGAGAAAACUCUAACUCUACUAAAUCUGCAUGUCACUAAAUCAUCAAACUCGAUCCACUAUCCAAAAGAGAGACUUUGACAAAACCAUCUAAAACAUCAAGACAUGUGAAAAUGACCCCAAUGAAAAAAUGGUUGUUAGCAUGUCAAAUAAUAAAUGAAAAAUAAUUAUGAAUAUACACAACUGGCUAAUCUUUAAUAACGGACCUCGUUUAUCACAUUCAUAUAAAUAUAUUUUCGUUGACCACAACAAUCUAUUUUAUUAAAAUAGAAGUCACAAACUUAUUUCAUGUAUAAUUUUUUUUUUAAAUGGAGCCUUAUAAAAUCAUGUAUUAAUUAUUUCAUAUUAAUAUUUUCCGACUUACGUCUAUAACUAAAGCCUAUAAUAUCGGUUCACUUAACAAACAUGUUUUGCCAUCAUUAAUGAAUCACACACGAUGACCUGAGUUUACGAUCAUUGUAUACUAAUUUAACGACCCAUUGCUUUACAUUAUGAUCAACCUCGAGAAUUUUAUUAAUUAAAUGGAAUGUUUAUCUUUAGUCUAUACUAUUAAAGCAUAAAUUAUGACUUAUUUCAUAUGUGAUUUUUUAUUUAUUUAGACGACCAUUUAAAAAAAAACUUAAAUGAUUUUUUGUUUACAUAUUUAAAUUAUUCAAAAAAAAUCAAAUAGAUAUAACUAAAAUUACUUAAGUGUUAAUUAUAUAACAUGAUGUAUGAUAGAUGAAUAAUUGCAAAUAAAAGUUUCAACACUAAAAAAUUCAUUGUAAAUAAUUCAAGAGUUUCACAGUAGAAAAAUUUAAAUCGACAGUAGACAACACAAGAAACCUAAAAAAAAAAAAAUUGGCAACGAGAAACUGCAGGUUUAAAAGGACAAAAGCUAACACAAUGCAAUACCAUUUUUUGUUUAAUAAUGUAAAUGAAGCAGACGUUUUGAAAAUUAUACUUAAUUUAGGUUAUUCAAUCAAAGAUUUAAAUCAUACAAAUAAUCCUAUCAACAUAUAUGUAUGACCAAAACCUUAUAAAAAACUAAAAUA